AUGAUUGUGGAGGAUGAGCGCGAUGGCUAUAUUGAUGGAGAAUCUGAUGACGACCAAGAUGAUCCAAAUAGGUUAAGGAGAGCUCGUGCAAAAAUAUAUAAUGGGUCUAAUUUGCCUUUAGCUGGCGUCAUGCUGACGCUAGAGGACAGUCGAAUUGGGAGUUUCUCCAUGGCCAACAGCUCCCCCAGUAACGAAUUUCCCCAGGUGGCGCAAGCAGAAGAGAACAAUGUCCCUCGGAAACAAGUGAUCAUUUCACUCGAUGAGAUAGUUGUGAUGGAAUCUCCAAGGAGGGUUGACGUUCCCGUCAAUAUAGCGAAGAAGUUUGUGGCUGUCCAGAAGGAUGCUAGGAGUGAUAUUCCUGAAAUUGACAGGAAGAAAUACCAUGUCCCUGGUCAAAUGACUCUUAGAGAAUUUGUCUUAUUCAUUCGGGUUAGCAUCAGGAUAAGCAAAAAAAGGCCAAUAUUUGUCUCUUUCAAGAACACUAAACCUCCCGUUGGGGCUUUGUUUUAUGAAAUUGAUGAGCCAAAUAAGGGUGAAGAUGGAUUUAUGCACGUUACCUACAGUGGGGAAGAGAAUGUUUGUGGAUCAAAUGAAGAGCAAGAACAUGGGGAUAAAAUCUCUUUCGAGAAUGAAAAUUCUCAGGGUACGUUUUUCUCUCGGUUUCUAGGGGUUAAUUAUACAGUAUGUUCUCCUCCACUAAAUAUACAAAUAGGCAUGUGCCUGCUUUUGUAUUUGUGUAUAUGAUGUCCUGCCUUCAGUUUCCUCCUUUUGAUUGAUUUUGACCCUAUUUGACACUCGUCUGGUGUGUUAGGCUUUUGUGAAAUACUUGAACCUACAAUUUUUGUGUGUUUCUUUUCCUUUCUUAAGUUUGAAGAUUCAUAGAUGCAGAGUUGAUAUUGAUUACGGUU